AUAGUCUUACUAAAAUUCAUCCUUUGUGCCCUUAUGAUAAGGGGUAUUCAGGGAAGUUGCAACGUUUGCCAGGAGAACAAAGUUGCCUGUCGCAGUAAUAAUACCUUCUCAUUUUGCCCUGGUGGACAACCCACAGGGACAAUUAUCCAAUGCCCCGCUAAUUACAUAUGCACCUCAGAUGUUUCGAUUUGUUCUCCUCCAAAUAUUGGCCUUACACCCUCUUGCAAUGAAGCCGACAAUGACAAGCAUGGUGAACCACAGCAGCUUGGACAAUAUCGCUGUGGCAUUUGUGAUAAACAUAGAGUUUUUGCUUGCAUAAAUGAGACUACGAUCAACUUUUGUUUUGGUAAUAGCCAGCCUAUGGAAGGCUACUAUUCACAAUGUCCCGAGGAUACAGUUUGUGAUAUCGACAGAGAGUCGGGGUUUUGCAGUCCUGCUUUGGAGGCAGAGCCGAGUUGCGUCCCUGAGGGUUAUGGCAAUACGACACCUACAACUUUGGAGCCUACCACAUCAACAAUGACUACUUCUACCGCAACAACUACCAUGACAUCACCUCCCGAUACAACUUCAACACAAAAGUCUACUCAAGAGCAGUCAACCACGGCUACUGCAACAUCUCCAACAACUACCUCUACCCCAUUGACAGCAACAACAACGGAUGCUACAACUUCGGUUACAACUCCCACAACGAUAACCAUGCCUACAACCCCAACAUCGACAGCAGAAUCAACAACAACCACCACUAUAGCAUCUACAACAACCACUGAGAGUAAAGCAUCGACUACAUCCCCCACAACUACAACCGAACCAACAAAAACGCCAAUAACACCAUCUCCAUCUACAACAAAUACGGAAACUACAAGUACGAUGAAAACUCCCACAAUAACAGCUGGCACAAACCCUACUACAACAACUACUACAGAAUUGUCAACCACAACAAUGCCUUCUAUGACAACGGAAUCGACACUAACUUCUACAACAACCACAGCUAUUACAGAACCUACAACGUCAUGGCCAUCGACAACAACGAUUACAACACAGCCUACCACCACACCACCUACAACAACAUCUUCUUCCACAGCUCAAACCACGACAACGACUACAACAGAAACUCCAACAACGACUACGCCAUCUACAACAAAGACCAUGACUACAGCAACACCAAUCAUUACUACUACAAUACCAAGUACAUCAACGGCUACAAUACAGUCUACCUCUACACCAGCAACAGAUUUUUCCACAGAAACAAUUUCAAUACAGUCCACCACGACAAUCACACAAUCACCAACUGGAACAAUGACUACCACAAAGCCUUCUACUACUACAACGCAGUCCACAACAACUCCAGCAACAACUACGUCAUCGACAAUAGAGACAAUGACUACCACAACGCUCUCUACUACUACAACGCAAUCCACCACAACUCCAACGACGACCACUGCUUCUUCCACAGAGACUAACACAACACCAAUCGUUACUUCUACUGGGGCCUCUACAACAACGGAUACAAUUCUGUCUACUACUACACCAUCUGCAGUACUUUCUACGACUACAACACAAUCUACAACGGAUGCAACAACAACCGCAGUGGCGUCUACAACUUCGACAUCAACCACAGUGCCUUCCACAGCGCCAUCUACAACAGAAACAACGACAACCACAGAGCCAUCUACAAUUCCAACAUCAACCGCAAUGGCAACUACAACAACGACUACAGUACAAUCUACCACUACAUCAGCCUCAGUGCCUUCCACAACAACGGCUUCAACAGAACCCACCACUACACCAGCUACAAUACCUUACACGACUUCAACACAAUCAACCACGACGAUCACACAAUCUCCAACAGAAACAAUGACUACUACAACUCAGUCUAUAACAACUCCAACGACGACCACUACUUCUACCACAGAUAUUAACACAGAGACUAACACAACACCAAUCGUUACUUCCACUGUGUCCUCUACAGCAACGAAUUCUAUUCCAUCCACUACUACACCAUCUGCAGUACCUUCCACAACUACAACACAGUCCACAGCACCAUCUACAACUUCAACAUCAACCACAAUGCCAACUACAACAACGACUACAAUACAAUCUACCACUACAUCAGCCUUAGUACCUUCGACAAUAACGGUUUCAACAGAACCCACCACUACACCAGCUACAAUAUCUUCCACGACUUCAACACAGUCCACCACGACGAUCACACAAUCUGCAACAGAAACAAUGACUACCACAACGCCUCCUUUUAUUACAGCACAGUCUACCACAACACUAGCAACAACUAUGCCUUCUACAACAGAGACAAUGACUACCACAACGCUCUCUACUACUACAACGCAGUCCACCACAUCUCCAACGACGACCACUACUUCUUCCACAGAGACUAACACAACACCAACCGUUACUUCCACUGGGGCCUCUACAACAACGGAAACAAUUCCGUCCAGUACUUCACAGUCGGCAGUAACUUCCACGACUACUACACAAUCCACCGCACAAUCUACAACAGAAGCAACGACAACGGUAUUUACAACUCCAACAUCAACCACAAUGCCCACUACAACAACGACUUCAACAGAAUCUACCACUACACCAGCCACAGUGCCUUCCGCAACAACGACUUCAACCGAGAUCACCACAACAACGACGGCGACUACGCCAUCUACAACAGAGACUGUAACCACCACAUCGCCAAUAGUUACAACACAGACUACCACAACUCCAACUUCGACCACUUCUUCAACCACAGUGGCGACCACAACACCAAUUAUUAUAUCCACAACACCAACUACAACAACGGCUACAAAUUCACCCACCACUACACCAGUUGCAGAGACUUCCAUAACAAUGACUACAACACAAACCACUACAACUCCGUUGACUAGCACGCCAUCUACAACAGAGCCAACCACAUCCACAACAAAUCCGCAGACGACACCAUCAUCACCUCGUACUCCCGACGAAAUUUGUCGCGAUGAUGUUUCAACAGGGUUCAAAAAGCCGGAUAAUGAUGUCACAUGCAAAAAAUACAUUGUUUGCUAUGGUAACCCAUUAAUGGGCAGGGAGUUGGAAUGUUCGUCGGGACUAUUUUUUGAUUCGGUAACAAAACUUUGUGUCAGUUAUUGGCCAGAAUGCUGUAGCAAGGAUUAUAUAAAUCAAAAUACCACAAGCAGCACACAACAACCGAUUACCACAAGCACCACACAACAACCGACUACAACAAGCACCACACAACAACCGACUACCACAAGCACUACACAACAACCGACUACAACCACAACAAGAGCUCCUCGUACUCCUAAUCAAAUUUGCGCAGAUGCUGCAUCAACCGGUUCAUAUGGUCUCGAUUAUGAUCCCACAUGUAAGAAUUUUGUUGUCUGUUAUAUGUCUGGUGGUAAACUUCAAGGAUUAACUAAAACGUGCUCCACUGGUCAGUAUUUUAAUACGGCAAUGAGAAUAUGUUCGACGAAUAAGCCAGACGGUUGUCUAUAGAGACUAUCAGACUGAUGACAAAACAAAAAUAAACUGA